ACUUUUUCUCUGCCAAAGAUGACUCGUCCCCUGCCCUCCCCUGCCGACUGUUCGACGCACCAGCUCGCGACACUCGUCACCUCCCCUGCCCCGCCCUGCCCUCGCUUUGGGAUAGAGCUCACCACCGCCAUGGCGGGAGCCGAGGGGACGCAGCACCACCACCUCUGCGGCAUCUGCAUGGAGCCCAUGGCGCCCUCCGAGGCCCACCGCGGCGGCGCCGCCUGCGCGCACGCAUUCUGCCGCGCGUGCCUGGCGGGCCACGUCCGCGCCAAGGUCGAGUCCGGCGGCGCCGCCGCCGCCGUCGUGCGGUGCCCCGACGCGUCCUGCGCGGCCGCGCUCGACCCGGAGCUCUGCCGCGGGGCGCUCCCCUCCGACGUGUUCGAGCGGUGGUGCGCCGCGCUCUGCGAGUCCCUGUUCCUCGGCGCGCGGCGCACCUACUGCCCGUUCCCGGACUGCUCCGAGAUGAUGGUGGCGGACGAGGGCGAGGACGAGGGGCGCGUGACGCAGUCGGAGUGCCAGGUCUGCAGGCGGCUGUUCUGCGCGCGGUGCGGCGUGGCGCCGUGGCACGCCGGCGUGACCUGCGACGAGUACGGCAAGCUCAGGGAGGGAGACAGGGGCCGGGAGGACAUGCUGCUGCUCGAGAUGGCCAAUGGGAGGAAGUGGAAGCGGUGCCCCAGGUGUCAGUUCUUCGUGGAGAAAGUUGAUGGCUGUCUGCACAUUACAUGCAGGUACCUCCUAGUAUCGGAACAAGAGAUUUUUUUUAAUCCUAGGUGUGGCUUCGAGUUUUGCUAUGUGUGUGGCACGAAUUGGCUGGGGAUGACUCAUUCUGGUUGCGGAGCGUGAGAUGUUACCGAAGCUAUCUCUUGGACAACCCAAGGCGAGAAAUGCUAUUGCAGUAGAGAACUAGCAAUCAUCUGGUUUGUAUCAGACUGAUUAUAUCUUAUCUCAGACGUCAUACAUUGCCUGGUUGCCAUGUUCCGGCUAAUGCUUUAGAAUAUCUGCUUGAUGUCUAAUUUAGUUCACUAUGAGGGUGGACAUGUUUAAUUUCUA